GUACUUUUCGAGGUAAACACUCCGAGUGCAAAGUGAGUGUGUGCAGAGUGCAACUGGAGUGCUGGCGUGUGCAUGGAAAGCUGCCUUCGCACCCCCCGCUACCGCUGCUAACCCAGAAUGGCCUUCGAGGACAGAUCCAGCCCAAGCACGGCGGCGCCCGCCGCCGCGCCCAACUCCCCCGAGUCCUCCAGGACCUCUCCGUACACCUGCACCACCAUCUCGCAGGACUCGCCUAAGGACUUCUUCCGCAUCACGUCGUUCGCGCUGAGCCCGCGAUCAUCGCCGUCGCCGCCGCCCGAGCCGGAACCCGCCAUCCAGACGCUCAAGUACUCCAUCAGGAACAUCCUCAAGCCCGAGUUCGGGAAGAACGCCGUGCAGAAGACGCGCGCGAGUCCCAAGAUCGGCUUCCGGCCCUACGAGGUCAAGGAAGAGACCAAACCCUUUUCGACGGCCCCGCUGGGCAGCCUGUGCCAGGCCGUGUCCCAGAUCGGGAGUCGGCGGAGCCCCGAACCCGCGCCAAGGGUCGCCACCCCGGCGAAAUCGCUGCUGCCCAACCCCGAGGAGGUGAAAAAAGACGAGGGGUCGGUGCCUACGCUAUGGCCCGCUUGGGUGUACUGCACUAGGUACUCGGACCGGCCCAGUUCAGGCCCCCGCUCCCGUCGCAUGAAGAAGCCGACCAAGCCCAGCAGCGAGGACAAGAGGCCGAGGACGGCCUUCUCCAGCGCCCAAUUGGCGCGCCUCAAGCACGAGUUCAACGAAAAUCGCUACCUGACCGAGCGCAGAAGGCAACAGCUCAGCGCCGAACUGGGCCUCAACGAGGCCCAAAUCAAGAUCUGGUUCCAGAACAAGCGCGCGAAGAUCAAAAAAUCCUCGGGUCAGAAAAAUCCGCUGGCGCUGCAGCUGAUGGCCCAGGGCCUGUACAACCACUCGACGGUGGCCUGCGACGAGGAGGACAUGCCUCUGUCCUCGUAAUCCACCCCCGAGUAGCCUCGAAGCCGAUCUCAUUGUAUUUAUUAUGUACAAAUUAUUUAUAUCGUUGUUGUGUAAAUAGCUGCAGAGUACAGGUUGACAAAGGCGGCCCUCAUACGUAGUUAUGUAAUUUAUAAUUGUAUCGCUUGGAUUUUGCGUCGAAGUAACUGUAGUUAUGUAGAUGUAGAUGCUAUGUAUGAUAAAAGCCUUAAAAAUAGACUGAUUAAAUAUCUAGAGUUUAGGAAAUCGUGCAAUGUUCU